AGAGUAACAUAGAGAAGAAAUGGAAUCAAAAAGAGGUGAGGAAGAACAAUUCAAUUUUCCAACGAUGAUAGCAAUAAAGGGUCCUUCAAGCGUUAAGAAGACUGAAAUAGCCACCAAAUUAGCUAAUUUUCUUCACUAUCCUCUCAUCGAUGAAGCAGAUGUAAUCGUAGCACUUCAAAACUCCAUCACAACGUCCCCUACAAAUGACUCCAAUAUCUCUGCCGAAUAUUAUGAUGAAUUGCCUUUCAAAAUUGCUUGCCAAAUCACCUCAACCCAGCUCGAUCUGGAGCUGAAAGUUAUCUUCAACACUGUGCUCUCAGAACGUUCACAUUUUGAACAUUUGGUGCAAUUGGCAAAUUCCCAUGAAGCCUGUCUGCUCGUCAUUGAUUGUGAAGAUGAAAACCAUGGAUUCAAUGAUUGCUAUAGCGUUGGAAAUGUUCGAAAGCUCAAAAUCGACACUACCAAGGCAUUUGUGGUGGAGGAAUUUGUUCCUGCAAUGCUUCAAGCUGUAGAACUCCCUCAAGAAAUUAAUUUGGCACGAGAUGAAGGAGCGUUCGUUAGAGGUGUUUGAGAGCUGGCCCAGGACUUGAAGGGGUGGAAAUACAGCGAAGUUUAGGAAGUUGGUCAUGGCACACUAGGAGAAGCCAAGUAUAAUUAUUAUUAUGAAUAAAGAUCAUAAUCUCCACUAGUGUACAAAUAUAUAUA